CAGACAUGGCCGACGGCGACAACUGGCGGCCGCCGCGUCCGUGCGAGGCCUACCGCGCCGAGUGGGAUCUGUGCCGCAGCGCGAGGCACCGCCUGCACCACUACUACGUCCACGGCGAGCAGCCGGCCUGUGAGCAGUGGCGCCGCGACCUGGCCAGCUGCCGCGAGUGGGAGGAACGCCGGAGCGCCGAGGCACAGCGAUCCCUCUGUGAGAGCGAGCGGGCCCGAGUGCGGGCUGCCCGGAAGCACGCCCUGGUGUGGCCCUUGAGGCAGAGCCCCCCUGCAGACUGGCACCUCCCUCUGCCCCAGGACGAGAAGGACCAGUGAGAAGCGCCCUGCCUGGUGUCCCUGCAGCCGCCUCCAGCCUGUCUCAAG